AACUACACGUCGUCGAAAAUCGGUGUGCCAUUGUGUCCCCCGACCCUGAGAGCCACGGCGAGGCCGAGGAGUGAGUCCGUCAAGGCGCCGCUGUAUGUGAAGCCUGCUAGAGUCAUGGAUGUCCGCAAAUGGCUCCAGGAGGUGGUGCUCCCAGAGAAGCCACCGAGCCUCCCCGACCGGCUAGGGCUGCCCCAGUUUCUCCAUCCCAAAAGAGACAGACAGAAUCCUUCUGACCAGGCCGGCGCGUCUGCAUCUGCUCACAAACACCGGCAGAAGGACAAGCCGGUCGCCUCAGACAGCUCCAUCUUGCAGGCCCGACAGCAUCACAAACGAAAGGAUGCAUCCGAACACGAGGAACCUGUCAUCGCCGGCGCCAAUCGAGCCUCGUCGCCUGCAGAGCAUCGCUCCGAUCGCUCCUCAUCGGUGAGCCAUGCAUCAGACCACCGAUAUCAACGGAAGCCAAGGCACAAAACGCGGCCCGACCUGUACGAGCCCAAGCAGGAUGCCUCAAAUGAGCGGGGAAGCCGGAGACACAGGAGGGGCCAGGACGAAUCAAGGAAAGGGAAGAGAAAGUCGCGACGGAAGAAAACGGACAACCCGGGCGCUGGCCUGGUCCACAGCUUUCAUGCAAACAAUGUGCCCAGGGACCGCCUGACCUUGAAACCACGAGAGAAACUCGGCAUUUUCAACAAGGGACGCGCAUCAACGCCCGUCAAAGGCCGUGGCCUCCCUGACCUUGUUUUCUCCGAGAUGAAAUUCCUGCAAAAACGAAAAGAUGCCCCGGAAGAGACCCAUAAGGAGGAGGAAAUAAGAAAGAGGCGGAAGAAGGACCAUGCGCAGGCAAACGAGCAUGAAAUGUCUGCAUACUUCACCUCUCUCCGGCCACCUCUAGCCGAAAGGGACACCAACAUCCAAUCCCAUCAACACCUCUCCGACCAUCGCACAAUCGUUCCGGCAAACGAGCACAAGAAGAUAAGAUCAGCCAGUAUUGAGACUCCUAUACCCACCGUAGAGUUACCAGAGAAGCCAUAUCUGGGGUUCGGGGGCAGAGGUGCCCGACACGAGAGCAGCUACCUGUCCUGGUCGGAGACUGACCGGCUAACCACUCAAUCACCCGACUUUCGGCGAGCCCUGACAACUAUAGAUAUUGGUCAAUUAGAAUCCGCGCAUCGUAAGCAAAACGAUAUCAAUGCUACAGCCAAAGCGCCCUUUCAGCGACCUACAAACUUCAAGUCACCCAGCCAUCGCACUGUUGACAGGAACAGUCGGCCGAGGGCGUCUUCGUCUCUCCCCGCCAGCUUUUCUACGCAUCGUCCACCUUCUCGUGGAAAGUUCCGGCGUCCACAGUCAGAUCCUCAGAACCGGACACGAGUGUCAAGACAGGAUGCGGAAGUGCUGGAUACCUCCCCAGAAGUGGCUGCUGCUUCACCUCGCAAAGAGUGGAAAAGGGUGACACAUCGACAUCCGGUAACGGAGAGUUACUCAGACUCGAAGCCAUCUGUUGAUGAAGCUCGCGAAACAAGUCGAGAUCAGCAAGGAGAAAUAGAACCGGAUACUGAUGGGCCAGAUCCUGUCAUAAAGACUGACACAGAUCCAGACACGUCUUCCACUUUUGGGAAACUGCUUCGAGAGUGCGAAUCGGCUGCUGCACAGAAAGAUGCUUGGCCGGAUCAACAACAGCAUGCUGACAGACGGCCUGCAGUCCAGUUCGCCUUUGCUAACGAUGGCAGCGAGAGAGGUGAAAAUUCACUCCAUGAGACACAGCAAUUGCAGGUCACACCACCGCAAUUGCAACUCGACCAGCAGGACCACCAGUGGGACAUGUACUCGGAGGAUGCAGACAUGGAAGAAAUUCACUUGAUGCUGAGGGCGGACCGUCAGAUGGAAAACUAUGACGACGGACUGUCGUACUUACCGAACGGGAUUUCGUCAACCCGACUUGGGCGUUCUGAGCCAAGUGGUGGUCUAGAACUGGAGGCUGGUGGUGGAAACCAGCAACAUCCACCACAGGCAGAGGAGGGAAUCUUUGCGAGCUUUUGGCGUCCGCAUAAACUGUAUUGACGUGAGGUUUGUGUCAUGGACCAGGCCAUGUUGUCUACAAAUAGCCCCCUUUAGCAACUUUAUAUAAGCGAAACCUUCGGGAUCCAUUCGUCCAUACAGC